GAGCGGCCGGGCGAGUCAGGGCCGGUGCGGGUCGCCCCUUGUCGCAGGUCACCAAGUUGUCCCUUAUCAGCAGCUUAGAACCCUUUCACCUUGAAGCGGCCGACGAAGAAGAAAGACUUCCACAGCUGCGAAUAUACGAUCGGCCACGGAAAACUUUCGGUGACAUUUGUGAAGCGAUGAGCCUCGCCAUGUGGCUCACAGCUCACGUCGAGCGAUUGAAGAUACGAUGAGUAACGCAACGGCCCUGGUAGGGGCGUUCCCACCCCCGCCUGGCGUCACACCGGAUUUCAAGCACCCAAGGGAUGCCGGGUGGAUGUGGAAUGUCGUAGGAAUGAGUGUUCUGGCAGCAAUCACGACGCUGUUCUUUGGGAUCAGAACGUAUGUUAAGUUUUCCAUGGCAAGACCGUUUCUUCCAGAUGACUGGACUUGCGCUGUGUCAUAUGCUUUGAUCAUGAUCUACGUUGCGACUGUGUUUGUGAUGGCGCACUAUGGCGAGGGCUAUCAUGCAUGGGAGCUGACGAAAGAAUCGUAUCAAGAAGUGAUGAGAUGGCUGUACGCCAGUUCCAUCAUCUACUGCCCGGCAGCAUACUUUACGAAGGUCACUUUACUCCUACUCGAAGCACGAGUCUUUGCCGUGCAUGAACGAGUCUCACGGGGGAUCAAAGUCUUCAUUAUCACCUUGCUCAUCUGUUACAUCCCAAUUCAGAUUCUCAAGACUGUCAUCUGCCUGCCAGUAUCAGCCUUCUGGAACCCCAAAACUCCGAACCCGAGAUGCCUGAAUCAACGCAAAAUCUUCAUUGCGGAUCUGAGCCUGGCAAUUAUCACCGAUUUCUUCAUCCUCGUGCUCCCGGUACCACUGUUGUGGGGUUUGCGCAUGCCUUUGCGCAAGAAGCUGAAAGUCGCUGCGCUACUUGGAGCUGGAGGUAUUGCGACAGCUGUGACUGUCUAUCGCAUGUAUCUCGUCGUCCAGUUCCUCACCUCGACGGAUGUUACAGCGGACUUCGUCGUCUUGGACCUUAUCACGGCACUGGAACUUGUCAUCGGCGUCGUUUGUGCUUGUUUACCUUCCACCAACCUUCUCUACGAACGAACACGAAGAGGAGAAGGAAAGGCAAUGGGCAAUCUUCCAAGAACUACAGGUGAUCUGAAGAAAGGAAGCAGUUCAAGUUCCUCUUACUGGCGCAGCAUGUUGCCAAACAAACAACUGAGGACUACACGCACGACCAUCACUGUGGCAGAACGCACUACGAUAAGCCCAACAGGUCCUGCAAACUUCGAUACCGAACUCGCCGUCCUCACUGGUCAGCCGAUGGGAAUGAGACCAUUGACGGAAGAGUUGUUUAGAAAAUCGGAGCAGACUGCUGACGACUGGACUUACAAUCCCAGAGCAAAUUCAAUGGAUGGGAGAAGAGAAGGCUGGCUGGCACAAGGUGCCGAGAAUUCAGUGCAAGGAUGUUCGAGAGAUAGGGUACCUAAUUGGCAAAAUCACGAGAUGGAGGCCAGAAAAUCUUGGGAAGCUGUAUGGGAGAAGGCUAUACCUCCGGAGGGGUUGGCCUCCAUCCCCGAGGAUGACGGCCCUCCUCGACUGCAGCUGGCGACACAUCCAUCACCGGACUGGGAGCACCUGACAUAGUAGUUGGGCAAAUGAGAUAUAAUGUAUUAUCGCAAAAGAUACCCGAUCAUAACGAGGAAGAACAGCGCAUCACCAUCGAGUUGAUGGGAUGUAUAGGAGAGCCGCAGCUGUGGAAAACGACUCGAAGGGCAGUUGUAUAAUUGGUAGAGUGUAUUCAGUCUAGAGGCAUUAGCCGGAUCCCACGAUGAGUACUGAAAGGAGAGAGACUGACUGAAUGGGUGAUGCCGCCAUGCAGCUGAGGCUGUGACGAAGAUUACCAAGGGUCAACUUGUAAGAGACGAAAUGAAACCAAGUACUAUUUGUAUACGACGCGGCACAGAACAUUUUUUUCCGAUUCAACAUUGAUGCAACCAGUUCCCGAGCUGUGAACAACGUGAGAUUUGAGG